AUGGCGAAAAUGUCCCUCCUCCUGUCUGUGGUGCUCGCUUGGACGUCGACAUUCAUCAUCCGAGCUCACGCAUUGGCGACUUCAAUCCUCAGGUGGGCGGACAAGCGUCUCUUUCGCAUGAUGUUUGAGUCAACUGACUUUGACAGCACCUCCACGAGCACGUUGACAGAAGUUGCGGACUGCACCACCACUGCGUACACGGCACCAGUCAUUGCAAUUGGCCCGACAAGCACUUACUAUUCCCUCACAACCUACACAUCUCAAGUCUACGAUUGUCAUGGCUGCAACAAUAUCGUGGUCAUUCCAUAUGGCCACGUUUUUGUGGAGGCGAACUUUACCACCACAGUAACUGCGUAUAACGCGACCACCGUGACCCUCGCAAGAUGCAGCCCAACGCCAGGUCCAGUGAGCUUGACUACUCCCAGUUGA